GCGGGUUCACCCUGAUUUUUCACGGACAGAAAAAACCCUUCUCCCCACUCUCAAGUCUUAUCUCUCUGCAAAUUCAAAAAACACCAAAAGCUACACUCGAGAAAGAAGAUAAUGGCGGUGUCCUUGGGCUCAUUCUCGAUAUUCUCUUCCGCCGGCGAAACGGCGUCGUUUGUGAAAUCAGCUUCGUCUUAUUCCAUUAAGCUCGCUUCUCCUCUUGCUGCUCAUCAUGCUAAUCUGCGCACUGUGCGCAUGGUUACCUUCGCCACAGCUUCUAAGCCGGUGGCUGCAGAGCCGAAGAAGCGUGAACCGAGGGGGAUUAUGAAGCCGCGUCGAGUUUCGCCGGAAAUGCAGGCAUUCCUUGGUGGAAUUGCUGAGAUUCCUCGUACUCAAGCCCUCAAGUUGAUUUGGGCCCACAUCAAAGAGAACAACCUUCAGGAUCCUCAAAACAAGAAGGUCAUAAUCUGUGAUGAGAAGUUGAAGAAUAUUUUUGCUGGAAAGGAUCGUGUUGGGUUCCUUGAGAUUGCUGGUUUGAUUAGUCCGCACUUUCUUAAGUGAUCUAAGGAAAGCAUAGAAGGGCAGCUCUUUUUUGUAAAUUAGUCUUCUAGAUUGGGUGAUAGUAUCUAUUAGGAACAUUGCUGCUUUAUCAAUUAUCUAAACUUCUUUGAAGGUGCUUUAAUCUAUGAAGCUCGCUCUUUUGUGAAAAUUGAUUGGUGAUUUUGGUUUUCCUAUCUUCACAGGAAGAUUUUCCAAUGCAAGAUUAGUAGCAAGUGGGUUGUCAAUCUUAAACUUAUUGCAGCUUUAUAUGCUGUACGAAAUGUAUGAGGCACCUUUAGUAAAAUUUGCGCGUGGUUGCAGCAUUACUGGAUUCUGAUAUGGUCAAAUGUACUAAGUAUUUGGGUUUUUACCUUGCAUGUGUAUGACUAUAUCCAGUAUUAUUCAAUGUUUGAAGUUCGGGGAAUCAUUAGCCCAUUCA